AUGCCAGAAAUCAGAAGAAACUUAAUAUCCGCGCUCGGCGGUUUCGUUUGGAGUUUCCCGCUUUUUGCAGGCAUCAUAUCUUUAUAUUUCAAUUACCAACAGCUUAAAGUUCAGCCCCAAGCCCAGGCCCUCCUAUGCAAAGCGGCAUUGGAGAAAAGUUUGGACCGAUGGACAUGGUGCUCAAACAGGGAGAACGCCCAGGAUGCAGAUUGUCAACCAAUCCUAGGCAAGAACUAUUAUGAUAUCGAACGUCAGCACAAGUGUCGGUUUAUACCACCGGCGCCCAUGGGAUGGAUAUUUAGAUCCGGCAAUGGGAUGGAUAUUAUUGCUGACAACUCUGGAAGCCUUGUCAAUUACAAGCCGGUGUUUUUCAGAAAGGGCAAAGCCUCGCAAGGCAACUUAUCUGAUGCAUCGGAAAAACUGGUUCCAUCCAGUACAUCAGGCGAAGUGCUUCCACCCGACACACCAAAGCAAACGAUCGAACCUGGCUCACCAGAAGAAGUGGUUCUACCCAGUGCGCCGGGGCAAACGAUCGAGUCUGGCUCAUCAGAGGAAGUGCUUCUACCCGAUGCGGCAGAGCGAAUGGUUCAAUCGGGUUCAUCAGAGGAAGUUUUUAUCUCUGGAUCGUCAGAAGGACCCGAAGAAAACCGGCAUCGUUGGCUCGAGAUUGCACCAAACCAGCAACAUUCGAGAGCAGAGACGGAAACUGAGACGGAAACGUUCGAAACAGCGAGUACCCAGUCCAGCAAACCCAAGCAAAAAAAGCAUACGCGGUACUACAAACCCGAAUCCUGCUUUAACGAUAGCCCUCAACAUUGA